ACAAUUUCUAUUUUCAGACUCGUCAUAAUAGCCUUUAUUGCGCUCGGCUCUACCGAAAGCAUCUAAUGUGUCCUUUUCUUUUGUUGCAGGUCCAAAAGUGACACAAUGGAGGAACGCUUUUUGAGAUUGUUCCUCGCAUUGAGUUCAAUUGCAGCGACAUUCGCCGGAGAUUUCACAUCCAACUGCCCACAAGAAUGCAAAUGUGUCUGGGUCAGCGGUAAUAAACAAGCGGAUUGCUCCAAAUCCCACUUCGAAGAGAUCCCAAAAACGCUUAACCCAGACAUACAAAAUCUAGAUCUCUCAAACAACAAAUUAUACGAAAUAACGAGAUACGCUUUCGAAGAUGCCCAACUGAUUAAUCUUAAGAAACUGAUCCUUAGAGAAUGCAAUCUUAAGACGAUCCAUAAAAACGGCUUGAGUGGUCUUGCAAUAAUGAUCGAAUUGGAUUUAUCUAAAAACGAAUUGAAAACAUUGCACGCCGAGACUUUUAAAGAAACUACGAAAAUUAGAUGGAUUUUAUUGAACGACAACCAAUUAGAGAAAUUGGAAGACGGUCUAUUUAACAAUCUGCCCUUUUUACAGAAAGUGGAAUUGAGUAAUAAUCGUAUUGUCGAGAUAGGAAUGAAGACUUUCGUCAAUGUACCGAAGCUAAAUACUUUAAGUUUGGAUGGCAAUAGAUUGGAAAGGCUAAAGAUGGAUACUUUGACUGCGUUGACAUCUUUAUCUAACUUAGACGUACACGAUAACCCUUGGCGUUGCGAUUGCUAUCUCCAACCUUUUAGAAACUGGGUUAUCAGUAAGCAUCUGUAUACUUCGCCUAUAUCUUGCACUGAACCAGCCAAAGUACACGGAAAAAUGUGGAAAGAAUUAGAUUCUAGCGAUUUCGCUUGUCGACCAAGCAUCGUAUAUCCGUCGACUAGUACAACACUUCGCUCUGCUGAUAAUAACAUUACCCUGUCUUGUCAAGUUAACGGCAAUCCUCUUCCCGAAGUAAAUUGGGUAUUGAGCUCCCAAAUAAUCGAUGGUUCUUACAAAUAUCAAGGAGAAUUCAAAUACUAUUUAUCUGAAAGUAAUUACGAGAAUAGUAAAUGGGUUAAUUUAACUAUAAUCGAUGCCGGUACUACUGAUAAUGGAGAAUACCUCUGCGUUGCUAAAAACCCCGGCGGAGUUGAAGAGCGCAACGUCACAUUAGUAGUUAUGCAUACAGUACAUGACCCUAUAGUUCCAACUGGAAUGGAUAAUAAUAUGUUACCUGUUCUAAUAGGAGUGUCGUGUACAGCCGCAAUUUUGUUAAUAAUUCUAGUCAUUUUGUGUUACUGUUGUUGCAAAAAACGAGGUUCUGACAAAAAGGCAGCUGACACGUCGAACGGAGAAGCACUUAUUGAGGGUUCAGUUAUACCAGAAAUGGAGAAGAGUUUGAUAACGGCCGUCAAUCCUGUAACUAAACCUCCAAGAAGAUACGAUGUUCCACCAUCUAUAAUGAGCGGUGCCACUGAGAUGUCAGAAUUGAAUAAGACAUUGCUGGACAAUGAUUCUGUAUUUGCCCACAACGAAGAUGAAAAGCGCUCUUUAGACUUUGAACAUCCAUCAAAAAGAUCACAGGAUACAUUGAAUGUCGAGUAUGGCCGAACUCCAGAUUUAUUGAUCUCAUUCCCACCAAGAGCAGCUCAGAUCUCCCCCGCAGCGAGCAACGCUUCCACUGUACCUGAUACAACGAGGCUACCAGCUCAACUGAAUCCAGUUAGUCCUAUUCAUUCUCCGAUCCAACCGAUCUAUGGUAUGACUAAUAAUCAAAACUUUAGAACUUUACCUUAUUCACGUUCACAAUCUCCAUUCAUUGCGCCUAUCACGCCUCCUGUAAUAACACCCAGACAAGGUUAUGUGACAAUUCCAAGAAGACCGAGAGUUCCUAGUUGGUCCAGCACAGCUAGCACCCAAAUUCUUCCUAGCGCUGAGGCACAAGAACCGUUGUACGACAAUCUAGGAUUACGGACAACAGCCGAUGGAAGCUCUGUACUAUCUUUAAACAAGGCGGGACUAGAAGGACAAUUUUCACCGAUGAGAAACAGACCACUUCCAGCUACACCUACUGCAUAUCCUACUCCGCAUCAAGUGUACUACGCGCCAAUUGAAGAACAAGAACCCUCGCCGUCUCCCGUUCAUCAAUAUAUGACUAAUCCCAGAAACAGCAUCUCCUCUCAAUUGUCCAAUCAGCUCGCUACCCCAGGUCCUCAGGAACCUCUUAGUCCUCGCAUGAGCUGGACUGCAAAAAAUACGUCAACGCCUCAAGCCGAACCAAGAAAAGCUUUGUUCAGUACAGGUUCCGAUACUCAGUCUCAUGUAUCUGAUAGUAGCACUUUGAGCAGGCGAGGAAAACCUGAAACUGGAUCAUUGAGAAGAAACCCGAAAAUGGAUAAUGGAGAAACAACUCCAACCUCUCCUAGCAAAAGUUCGCCAAUUAAAGAAGAUACAAGGAAAAAUGACGCAAAUGCCUCUUUGAAUCAAUCGGGGACGUUAGGGCGCAGUGGAAAGAUACCUCCAAGGCCUCCGCCUAAGCCUAAGAAGAAGCCUCCAACGGAGGUCAAUUCUAGUGAACCUUUGUUUGAAGAUGAAGGGGAAGAUGGCACAGAGGUUUAAAUAAAUCAAGCGGAACUUUGAGGUUAGAGAUACCUAACCAUAUAGGUGCCAAGCUCGUAGUUACGUCACAAACAGUGAUAUCAGUGAACUAAGACGAUGUGCAUUCGAAAUUCGAUUUCUCUUUGCGGUGCUCGUGUAAAUAUCGAUCGUGCUAGAUUUUAUACCUAUUGCGUACAAUUAAAAUCCCAUGGACCAUUUUAAGAGUUUUAUGUAAGCAUUUAUUGUAAUUAGCGUACAUAUUUAGUUACUACAGCAAUGUACCCUUGAUUUUCAUGUUUUAAGUAUUUAUUAAAAUUAUGUAGUUAUUAUUUUUAAGACAUGUGGAAAAGCUCUUUGCUUGCCGUUCGUUUUGCAGUGUUUAAGACUGAUUGUUCAAAAUUUGACAGUAUCAUUUGACAUUCCCUUGUGACAAUCGAUUCGACGUAUGAUUCCAUUUGAACUUUCCAUAAUUUUGCUAGAAUGAGUUCACUAACGCUAGAAUAUUUGUGAAGACUGAUGAUCGUUAGUCGCUUUUUGACUAUUGAUUACGUCAAUAGUUGUUUAAGCGUUAUAGUUGGUUUCAUUAUAUCUAAUCUUCAUCACGUAUUUUGUCUCUACACGAUGCAUUAAUGUAUUAUUACUUUAUAUUUACUUAAUUUUAUACAAUUCUUCAUUCAAAACAUUAAGGAAAGAUAACUGUUCCACGAAUUCAAAAACUUGAUUUUUCGCUUCUUCUUUGUGAAGAUACUUUGUCAAUGAUUUGUUUAACAGAGUUUAAAAUUUACAGGUUCAAAGAAAAUGUCUCGUGUAUAGACUCAAAUAAAAUGUAGAUUUUGACAAAUCUUUUGACCAAAUGAUAAUCAUAUCAACAAGUACAUCCAAAUAAGUGCUGAAGACAUUCAAAUUGUCAAAUGCCUAGUCGAAAUCUAGACAUCGAUCAUUCACUAAAAUAUUUAACUUCGCCUAUUCUAAGUUAAUAUCAUUUUAGUUUUAAACCCUGAGGCUGUUUUGUUUUGCCGUUUGAAAUUUACACAACCAUUGUAAAUCUAAACAUAAUUAAAUAAGACAUCCAAAUCAUUUUGUGAUCGAACCGCAUAUAGUUCCUAAACAUUUUAAGUUGCUGAACCAACACUGACUAUUUGGGGUGUUGUUUCAAUAGUUUAAGUGAGUACCAUUUAUGUUUCUGCCACCUUUGGUGCUUGUUUUACGAACAUUUUUAAUGUAAUAUUAUUUAUUGCAACUAUUUUAGUUAUUAUUAUUGUAACAUGAGGAAGUACAGUGAUUAAUGAACUUGAUGUUCGUUAUGUAGUUAUAUUUUGCAUACUAUUAUGUGCUUGGUGGUUACUUUCUCUCAAAAUGUACAAUGUAUUCAAUUUUUACAAUGUUUACUGUAGAAAUCCAGUUUUAUAGUUGUAAGUGCUGUGUAUAUAGAAUCAUUAUUAUUAAAAGUGAUUAAAGCUAUAUUUCAAUAUA